CAUGGAUGGAUGGACCCCAUCCGCCAAGUCACCUAACCUCCAUCGCUGCUCGCCCUUAUAAGGGCUGCGCGACGUCCCCCCGCAGACUGGACAGCCCACCACACUCUCCCACUCCCCCUUCCUGCUCCCCGGGCCGAUUCCCACCGCCGAUCGAACAACCGACGGCUGCCGCGCGCCACCUGCUACGUACGCCAACGUAACACCAACCUCCACCGAGCUACCAAGCGGCCGAUCCGUCCGUCCUUCCUCUGCUACCUAGCUACGACGCGCUACUACCUCCGACGAUCGUCGUGGUGUGCCAGUGCCUCCGUCUCGCUCGGCUCUACCCGUACGUCGUCCAGCAGUCCUUCCUAGCCGCCGGAGGCUGACCGGCCGGUACACAGCGUCAGCACACCAGCGAGUGUCGUCGUCGUCGUCGUUUCCGGUCGUUUCGAGGCGGCGUCGAUGAGGAGGAUCACGAGAAGCGGCGGCGGCGGCACGUCUGCCGCGCCCGCCGCGGGAGCGGGACUGUGGCUCCGGCCGGGCCGGCUCGGGAAUCUCCUCGCCGUCGCGGCUCUCCUCGCCUCCGCGUUGCUUCCGCCGGCGUCGUCGGCUGCCACCGAGCCGCCUGAGCCGUCGUCGGCGCGGCACGACUACGAGGACGCGCUGCGGAAGAGCCUGCUCUACUUCGAGGCGCAGAGGUCGGGGCGGCUGCCGCACGGCCAGCGCGUCGCGUGGCGCGACCACUCGGGCCUCACCGACGGCCUCGAGCAAGGGGUGGACUUGGUGGGCGGGUACUACGACGCCGGCGACCACGUCAAGUUCGGCCUGCCCAUGGCCUUCACCGUCACCAUGCUCUCCUGGAGCCUGCUCGAGUACGGCGCCGACGUCGCCGACGCCGGCGAGCUCGCCCACGCGCUCGAGUCCAUCAAGUGGGGCACCGACUACUUCAUCAAGGCGCACACCAGGCCCGACGAGCUCUGGGCAGAGGUGGGCGACGGCGACACGGACCACUACUGCUGGCAGCGGCCGGAGGACAUGACGACGUCGAGGCAGGCGUACAAGGUGGACCGCGACCGGCCAGGCUCCGACGUCGCCGGCGAGACAGCGGCCGCCAUGGCCGCCGCGUCCAUGGUGUUCCGGGAGCACAACCCGCACUACGCCAGCCUCCUCCUCCACCACGCGCUGCAGCUGUUCGAGUUCGCCGACAAGUACCGGGGCAAGUACGACAGCAGCAUCGCGGAGGUGAAGAGCUACUACGCCUCCGUCAGCGGCUACCACGACGAGCUCCUCUGGGCCGCGCUCUGGCUCCACCGCGCCACCGGCCGCCCCCACUACCUCGACUACGUCGUCCACAACGCCGACGACUUCGGCGGCACCGGCUGGGCCAUCACCGAGUUCAGCUGGGACGUCAAGUACGCCGGCGUCCAGAUCCUCGCCGCCAGGCUGCUGCUGAGUGGGGAGCACUCGCCGCGGCACAGGGAGACGCUGGAGCAGUACAGGGCCAAGGCGGAGCACUACGUGUGCGCGUGCCUGGGCAAGAACGCCGCCGCCGACGGCAACGUGGAGCGCAGCCCCGGCGGGAUGCUGUACGUGCGGCAGUGGAACAACAUGCAGUACGUGACCAGCGCCGCGUUCCUGCUGUCCGUCUACUCGGGCUACCUCUCCUCCUCCUCCUCCUCCUCGUCGUCCUCCGUGACGUGCGGCGCGGGCGGCGAGGCGGCGGCGGCGGCGAGCGCCGGCGAGGUGUUCGCGCUGGCCCGUGCGCAGGUCGACUACGUGCUGGGCAGCAACCCACGCGGGAUGAGCUACCUGGUCGGGUACGGCGCCCGGUUCCCGGCGAGGGUGCACCACCGCGCCGCCUCCAUCGUGCCGUACAAGCACAGCAAGGAGUUCAUCGGCUGCGCGCAGGGGUUCGACGACUGGUUCAUCCGCAAGGGCGCCAACCCCAACGUCGUCGUCGGCGCCAUCGUCGGCGGGCCGGACCGGCGGGACCGGUUCAGGGACCAGAGGGAGAACUACAUGCAGACGGAGGCGUGCACGUACAACACGGCGCCCAUGGUCGGCAUGUUCGCCAUGCUCAACAGGCUGGCCCGGGACGAGGCGGCGGCGGCGGCGUCGCAGCCCGGCGGGGAGACGGCGACAAGUGUAAAUAGAUAGUCAUACAGUGGGGGUGCUUGUACAAUUUUGCACCUAUUCUUUAGUUCAUUCUUUUCUUCUACGGAUACGGAGUAGAUGUGAAGUGAAGGCGCUCUUCACAGCAAAUUAUAUUAUUUGUAUACGAUGGGGAAAAAAAAGGAUAGGAGGAGGGAUUUGGCAAAGCAAGUGUAAAUUCCCUCCCCGUAAAUAUCAGAGAAAAAAAUACAAGAAAGAAUGUCUUUCAUUCAGAUCA